AUGGUGGAACCCUCAUCCACCACCGACGAGAACCACUGCGAACCGGAGAAUAGAGACGAUUCCACCUUCAACACCAUGAACAACAACUUCAGCAACAGCAGCCACAACAACUAUGGCAGCAACGCCUUCCUUCAGUCCGUGUCGGAAAUCCACACCCCGCUGAGCAAGCGCGAGACGAACAGCGACAUUCACUACCGACCGUCUGCGUUCGCAUCGUCGCUUCGUGAAACCACGAAUCACAAAUUCCAUCCCGGCAGCGCGGUUCACCACGGGAGCUACGGAACGCCGUUCACGGGAGCGCGAGGCGGGACGCCGUUCACGGGAGCGCGAGGCGGGACGAAGGUGCGCCAGUCGCCGGCGGUGCAGAGGAAGGAGGUGCUCCAGCUGAUGGAGGAGCGGGAUGAAGCGCAACGAGCGGCCAAGGCGAUCUUCGAGGAGAAACGAGAUCUCGAGGCUGUGCACGAGCGGUUACUGGAGGAGUACGAGGAGAAGGAGAUGGAGCUGGAGGAGGCGAUGGCUGCCAGGGACGCGGAGGUCAACCGACGGAAGCAGCUCGAGAACGCCUUGGCUGUGGCGGAGGGGAAGGACGGAGACGGAUGGCGGCGACUGCAGAGGGAGCAGCAGUUGCAGGAACAGGUGCAGGCGCUAAGGCGGGAGACGGCGGGACUGAAGCGACAGGUGGAGGAGGCGAAGUGGCGCGAGGAGGAGACGAAGGAGAAGCUGAAGGAGUGCCAGAACAAGCUGGAGCAGGCUGCUUCGUGGAGGCGCAAGUGGGAGGCGGCGGAGAGGGAGCUGGGCGAGGCGAGGCAGGAGCUGGCUCGCCUGGAGGUGCAGCAGCGACGCCUGCCGCACAUGGAGAAGCAGCUGCAGAACCUGAAGGGGGAGGUGGAGAGGUGGAGAGGCAAGGCGGAGGAGAUGCAGCGAGAGGCGGAGGAGCAGAGGACGAGAGCCAAGGUGGCAGAGGUCAAGAAGACGACACUUGAAGAGCUGGUGGCUUCCCUCACGAAGGAAGAUAGAGACGAUGGCGACAGUGAGAGCAACGGGGAAGAGGAAGCAGAGGCGGACGAGGCGGAAGAGGAGGCUGAGGAGGAUGAGGAGGAGGAGGAUGAGGAGGGUGAGGAGAAGUGGAAGGAGGAGCAAGUGAAUCAGCAGCUGCAGGCGAUGAAGGAGGCGUAUCAGGAGUUUGAAGGCAUCAGAACCACGUGUGACGAAACAUCUUCUGCGGAAACAGCCUCUAAGGUGCCUCAACAGCAGUGUGAAGGCAUGAACGUGGCCGAUCUUCGACACUCCGCCUCCGCCUCCACCCCCGUCCCCGCCCCGUCCCCAGCCGCGGCGGCUAGGGGUGAACAAGCUGGGUACCAUAUAGACACACCAGGGGAGUGGGGAAGGCUGAGUAUGACGGCAGGAAAGGAGAGUCUGGGAGGGGCUGGGAGUGUGAGCACAACGGGGAGUGUGGGGAGUGUGGGGAGUGUGUUGUACGGACAGAACGAGGAGACGGGGAGGGUGAUCAGCAGCCUGCAGUCGAAGGUGCGCGCGGCGCUGCGCGAGAGGGACGCGGGGAGGGUGGAGUGCGCGCGGCUGGGUGAGAUGGUUGCGGGGCUGCGGAGGGACCUGGCGCGGGCGGAGGAGGCGGGGGGAAAGGCGGGGGCGGAGGCUGCGGAGGCGGAGGCUCUGCUGGUGGAGAGGGAGCAGCGGGCGGCGCAGCUGAUGGCAGCCGAGGGAGCUCGGCUGGAGGGGGAGAAGGAGAAAGCCCUGCUCGCCGCGGACCUCUCGUCCACCAGGGCGGAGGUUUCCCGCCUGGAGAGGAGCAUGGCAGAGUCAGAGAAGCUGUCCAAGCAGUGGCUGUCCUCGCUACAAGCAGAACUCGCUGUGGUUAAAACGGAGGUUGAGCGCAAGGAGCGCAAGCUGGAAGAAGCUACACGCGAGUUGAACGUUAAGUUUAGGGAGUGCGAGAGGAUGGAGAGGGCCUGGGAGAAGCAGCAGGAGGCUUGGAACGGAGAGGCGCAAGAGGCAGCGGUGCAGCUCGUUUCAGCGCGGUUGGACCUGGCUGGUUGCGGUUUUGAGAGGAGUGAGGCCGAGAGGGAGUGGGAGGAGGAGAGGAGGGCGAGGGAGGAGGAGUGGGCGGGCAGGGAGAAGGAGUGGGUUGGGGAGAAGCUGACGUGGAUCAAGGAGCAGCUGACGUGGGCAGCAAAGGAGCGAGAAUGGGCGAAGGAAGCAGAUGAGCAGAGGGAGCACGUGGCAUGGCUUGAAGCGAGCCUGUCCGGGGUAGAGCAGGAGAAGCAGGAGCUUCUGCAGGCUAAGAAAGAGGCGGAGCAGGAGCGAGAGGAGGUGGAGAUGGAGAGGGAGGAAGUGGAGCAGGAGAGGAGGAGACUUGAAGGAGUGGUGGUUGCUCUGCGGGACGAGGGACAGCGGAUGGAGCAGGAGCUGGAGAGGGUGCGGAAGCAGGCGGAGGCGGAGCAGCAGGCAGCACAGCAGGCGAUGCAGGAGUGGGAGCAAAAGAAGCAGCAGUGGGCGGGCUGUGAGGCGCAGAUGGCAGCUCAGGUGGGCAGCUUGGAUGAGGAGAUCACUGGGCUGAAAGUGGCACAAGCAGCGGAGCAGCAGGCGUGGGCGGAGAAGCAGUGCAGGUGGGCGUCUGAGGUAGAGGAAUGGACGCGGAAGGAGCAGCAGUGGGCGGGCUGUGAGGCGCAGAUGGCUGCUCGUGUGAGGUGCUUGGAUGAGGAGAUCACUGGGUUGAGGGAAGCGCGAGCAGCCGAGCAGCAGGCGUGGGCAGAGAAGGAGAGGCAGGAGCAAGGACGAGUAGCCUCUCUGGUGGAGCAGUGGGGGCGGAAGGAGGAGCAGUGGGAGGCUGAGAGGAGGGAGCUGGUCGGCAAGGGAGAGGAGGUGUCUGCUCAGGCUUUGAUUCUGACUGAAGAGUUGGCUUCUGUGAAACAGACAUAUGCGGAGGAGCAGCUGCAGUGGGCGGAAGAGAAGGGGGAGCUCGCAGCUAAGCAUGAGGAGCUGUCUGCGCAGGCUAUGCUUCUGACUGAAGAGUUGGCUGCUGUGAAGCGGGCUUACGCGGGGGAGCAGCAGGAGUGGGCGAUAAAGGGGAAUGAGUGGAGGGCGAGGGAGCAGGAGUGGGAGGUGCUGGAGCAGCAGCAGAGGGUGCGGCUGGGGGAGAUGGAGACCGCGUUGGAGUGUGUUAAGGCGGAGAAGGCUGCUGUGGAGGAGGAGGUUGGAGACGUGAGGCAGGAGAGGGAGGAGCUGACGAGGGCCGUUGAUGCUCUAGAGCGCGAGAAGCAGGAGCUGAUCGCAGCCAUUGAUUCGCUGGAGAAGGAGCGGGCGGCAGAGCGGGAAGAGUGGGGAGAGAAGGAAGAGGAAUGGAAGAAGGAGCAGGAAGUGCAGGAAAGGCGGAUGAGGGAGCUUCAGGGGAUGUUAGAAACGGUGCAACAGGAGAGUGUGCAGCAGAGGAGGGAGUGGGAAGGUAAGGAAGGGAAGUGGCUGGCGAAGGAGCAAGAGUGGCAGGAGAAGGAGCAGGCGUGGCAUUGUAGGGAGGGAAUUCUGGGUGAGGCUCUUGCUGCCGUGGAGGCGGAGCUGUGUGUGGUGAAGGGAGAUGUGGCAGAGAAGCAGCAGGCGAUAGCAGCAGCGGAGCAAGAGUUGUGCCUGGUAAAGGGAGACCUGGCGGCGAAGGAGAAUGCUUGGACGCGCAGGGAGGGUAUCUUGGGAGAGGCUCUUGCUGCCGUGGAGGCAGAGCUGUGUGUGGUGAAGGGAGAUCUGGUAGAGAAGCAGCAGGCGAUAGCAGCAGCGGAGCAAGAGCUGUGCCUGGUAAAGCGAGACCUGGCAGCGAAGGAGCAGACGAUUGCAUGCUGGCAGGAGAAGGAGCAGGCUUGGACUUGCAGGGAGGGCGUUCUGGGUGAAGCCCUUGCAGCAGCGGAGGAGGAGUUGUGUGCGGUGAAGGGAGGUAUGACAGCAAAGGAGCAGCAGUGGGUGGAGAAGGCGGGGGUGAUGGAUGAACAGAUGGCAGCUGUGCAGCAGAAUCUGGCGGCAGCUCAGGCUGACGUGGAGACUGCUGAAGCUAAGCUGGCAGCAGUGAGGAAUGAGCUGGUAGAGAGGGAUCAGGAGCUGGCAGUGACGGAGCAGCGAUGGGCUGAGAAGGAGGCGGCAUGGGAGGUGACGAGAUUAACGUUUGAGGGGAGGGUGACAGAACUCGAAGGGAGCGUUGCUAGCUUGGAAGAAGAGAGGUCAGAAAUGAAGCGUAAGAUGCAAUCCAAGCACGAGCAUUGGGCGGAGAAGGAGCAGCAGCUGCUGCUGGUGCAGCGGCAGCAGGAGGAGUCAGCAGCAGGUGCUUUACGAGCUGCAGAGGCAGCAAAGGAAGAGGCGGAGGUGCAGGGGCAAGCCUGGCUGGGUCGGGCAGAGGAAGCAGAGAAGAGAGAGGAGGGUCUGAGAGAGGAGAUGGAUGGUCUGAUUAAGGAAGCGGCGGCUAGGCACCAGAGAGUAGUGAGGGACUUGACUGAGGCGCGUGGGAAGCUGGAUAGUGUGAAUGCGCGGUUGGAUGCGGUUCUGGGAGAGAGGGAUGGGUUGAAACGGGAGCUGGAGGGCGUGAGGAGGGAUUUUGGGCGGGAGAGGGACGGGUGGGUGAAGGAACGGGCGGGUCUGGAGGAGAAGGUGAGAGGUUCGGAGGAGAAAGUGAGGGGUUUGGAGGAGAAAGUGAGGGGUUUGGAGGAGGAAGUGAGGGGUUCAGAGGAGUCAAACGCGCAGCUGAGAGCAGCGGCAUCCCAGCUGCAGGGGCAGAAGGUGGCAUUGGAAGAGAUGGUGAGGAGCCUGAGGGAUAUUAAUGUGGAGUUAGAGCAGGCGAACGGGCAGCUUAUGGGAGGCAACGUGCAGUUAGAAGCGAGUGUCGGGCAGCUUAGGACGGCCAACGGGCAGCUGAAAGCAGCAGUGGCUCGGCUGGAGGGGGAGAAGGCGGCGGUAGAGGCGGAGAGGGCGGAAGGGGAGGCGGAGUGGGAGGCGGAGAGGGAGGGGAUGGAGAGGGAGAGGGGGAGGUUGGUGGGGGAGAGGGAGAGGCUUUUGGGGGUGAAUGCGCAGCUGAAGGCUGCUGUGGGGAGGUUGGAGAAGGAGAAAGGGGAGACGGAGUGUGGGAAGGCGGAAGCUGAGGCGGAGUGUGCGGAGCUGAAGGGGGAGAGGGAGGAGCUGCGGGCGCUGGUGGCGCGGUUGGAGGGGGAAAAGGCGGAGGUGGAGAGGAGUAAUGAGGAGCUGAAGAAUGAAGUGUGUGUACUUAAGGAGGCUGUGAGUGGGCUGGAAGCGGUCAGAGAUGGGUUGGAGGAGGAGAAGAGGGAGGUGGAGAGGCGGAACGAGGAGGUGCUAGGAGAGAGGGAGCGGCUGAAGGGCGAAUUGGCACAGGCUCUGUCAGAGAAGGGAGAGGUUGAAGCAGAGAGGGAGGCGCUGCAGCAAGCACUGGGACAGGCGCAGGCAGAGACGAAUCAACUUGAAGCCGAGAGGGAGCAGCUGCAGGCAGGUAUCGGCGAAUGCGAGAGAGAAAUUGGCCAGUUGAAGUCUGAGAAUGAGGCCCUAGAUGCGGCUAAGAAGGGGCUGGAGGGAGCCCUGGGGCAGGCGCAGACAAAGGUGGGGCAAUUUGAAGCGGAGAGGGAGCAGAUGGAAGCAGGUAUCGGCGAGUUAGAGAAGGAAAUUGGCCAGUGGAGGGCGGAGGGUGCAGCUUUGGCUGCAGCGAAGGGGGCUCUGGAGGAGGAGCGGGUGGUGCUGCUGGCUGGUGCGGCUGAAAUGAAGGCAGAAAUCGAGCAGCUGAGAACCGAAGGAGCAGCUUUGGCUGCAGCGAAGGGGGCUUUGGAGGAAGAGCGAGUGGUGCUGCUGGCUGGUGCGGCUGAGAUGGAGGGAGAAAUCGAGCGGGUGAACUCUGAGAAUGAGGUUUUGAGUGCGGGUAAGGAGCAGUUGGAGGGAGAGAGGGAGAGUUUGCUUGCUGAAAGAGAGAGUGUGCUGGCUGAGAGGGAGGGUCUGCUUGCUGAUAAGGCUGGGCUGGAGAAGGAUAAGGACGGACUACUCGAGGAGCGGGAGGUGCUUCAGCAGGAGAAGGGUGAUUUGGAGGAGAGGGUGGUAGCCCUGGCAGGUGAAAGGGAUGGGCUGACGGUCAAGGUGGGGGAAUUGGAAGCCGAGAGGGCUCGUCUGGUGGAAAAAAAUGCAGGUUUGAAUGGCGAGAAGGAGGCGCUGAUGGGUGAAAAGGAAGCUUUGAUUGUGCAGCACAGGGAGCUGGAAGGUGCGAAGGCUGGUUUGAUGGGGCAGGUUGCAGGUUUGAGGGGAGAAAAGGAGGCGUUGCUGGUUGAAAAGGCAGAGUUGGUGGAAUGGAAGUCAACAGUGGAAGCUGAGAGGGAUGGGAUGCAGGUGAAGGUAGGGGAGCUUGAGGCUGAGAGGGAUGGGCUGAAAGUACAGAUGGGGGAACUGGAGGUUGAGAGGGAAGAGCUGAUGGUGAAGCACAGGGAGCUUGAAGGUGAGAGGAUUCGCUUGAUAGAGCAGAUCGAGGAUUUGAACAGAGAGAAGGAUGUGCUGAUGGUCGAGAGGGAGGAGUUGGUGGAGGAGAAGGCAGCUUCGGAAGCUGAGAGGGGUCGUAUGAAGGUACAGAUACGGGAGAUGGAGGUCGAGAGGGCGGGACUUGUGGAGCAGAUCAGGUGCUUGCAGUCAGUGAAGGAGGCGCUAAUGGGCGAAAAGGAGGAGCUGGUGAGGGAGAAGGAAGCAGUAGAGGCUGAGAGGGAUGGGCUGAAGGUGAAGCAAGGGGAGCUUGAAGCUGAGAGGGCGGUUCUUGUGGAGCAGAUUGGGUGCUUGCAGGCAGAGAAGGGGGUGCUGGAGGGGACAGUGGGACGGCUGCAAGGGGAAUGGACAGCGCUUCGAAGACAGCUUGAUUCGUUACAAGGGGAGCAUGACUCGUUACAGGGAGAGUUUGAUUCGCUGCAAGGGGAGUUCAGUGCAGUGCAGGAGGAGAAGGUGGGCGUGGAAGCGGAGAGGGCAGAGCUGCAAGACAAGGCUCGUGCUCUGGAGGAGAGGCGAGCCGAUUUGGAAGGAGAGAAGGCCGUUUUGGAGGGAGAGAAGGCCGUUUUGGAGGGAGAGAAGGCCGUUUUGGAGGGAGAGAAGGCCGUUUUGGAGGGAGAGAAGGCCAUCUUGGAAGACGUGGUGCGAGGUCUGAGAAAGAAUGCACUGGAGGAGAGGGAGGGUGCUGUGAGGAGGCUGGAGGGCACUGUGCAGCAGCUAGAGCAGACAGUGAAGGAGAGGGAGGGUGCUAACUGCGAGCUCAAAGCGUUGCUGAGCGAGAGUAGGAGCACAGUGCUGCAGUUAGAGAAUGCACUGGAGGAGCGGGAGGGUGCUGUGAGGGCUUUGGAGGGCACAGUGCAGCAGCUGGAGCAGAAAUUGGAGGGCGCUAAUUGCGAGCUUGAGGCCUUGGUGGAGGAGAGUAGAAGCACUGUUCAGCAGCUCAAGGAGACGUUGGAGGAGAGGGAGGGCGCUGUGAGGAGGUUAGAGGGCGCUGUGCAGCAGCUAGAGCAGACGUUGGAGGAAAGGGAGGGUGCUAACUGCGAGCUUAAGGCGUUGGUGGAGGAGAGUAGGAGCACUGUGCAGCAGCUGAAUCAUGCUUUAGAGGAGAGGGAAGGUGCUGUGAGGAGGUUGGAAGGGACUGUGCAGCAGCUAGAGCAGAAAUUGGAGGAGAAGGAGGGUGCUAACUGCGAGCUUGAGGCGUUGGUGCUGGAGAGUAGGAGCACUGUGCAGCAGCUGAAGCAUGCACUGGAAGAGAAGGAGGGCGUUGUGAGGAGGUUGGAAGGGGCAGUGGAGGAACUGGAGGGAGAGCGGAAGGCAGGAGAGGAGGAGAUGAGUGCGAUGAAGGUGGAACGAUCAGAGCUAGAGGCUUCCCUCCUGCAGUGGCAAGUGCGACAGGUGGAGCUGGAAAGUAGCCUGCAGGAGAUGAAAGGAGAGAAGGAGAAAUUGGAGUUAUGGCUGCAGCAGGCGCAACAGGAGCAGCUGGAGAUGCAGCAGCGAAUGCAGAGGAAGGAGGAGGAGAUGAGAGGCUUGCAGGAGGAGUGGACGCGGGUGGAGCAGCGGUGGGAUGCGGAUAUGAGGGAGAAGGAAGCCGCGUGGAAGGAGCUGGAGGGGAGGCUGAGGAGAGAGGUAGCGGAGAGGGACGGGCAAGUUGGGAGGCUGAAUGGGCUCGUGGAGGGACUUGAGGGGCAGAUGAGGGAGGAGAGAGGGCGUGUUUUGGCUCUGACUGGACAAGUGAAUGAGCUUUUGGAGGUGAAGGGGCAGUUAGAGGAGCAGAGGGAGGGGGUUGUGAGGGAGAAGGAGCAGCUGGGAGAGAGAGUGAGGGAGCUGGAGGGGAGGUUGGUGGAGGUUGAGGAGGAGAGGGGGAAGGCGGUGCGGGAGUGUGAGGGUGAGAUAGAGAGGAGAGGGGAGGAAGUGAGGAGGUUGAGUGAGGAGGUGAGGAGGAUGGGAGAGGGGGUGAGGGAGAGGGAGAAGGAGAUGAGGAGGCGAGAGGAGGAGGUGGUGGUUGCAGUGGAGGGGGAGAAGAGGAGGGUGAAGCAGGAGUAUGCGGAGAGGGAGGCGAGGAGGGAGGAGAGGAUGGAGAGGGAGAUUGCCAAGAUCCAAGUAGCUGUGCUGGAGGAGAAUCAGACGCUCAAGCAGAAGGUGGAAGGCCUGGAACAGAGGCAGCAGGCGAUGGAGCAGAAGAUUCAAAGGGAGAGGGAGCAGCUGCAGGAGAGCCAGAAGCAGCUUCAGGCUAUGGAGAAUCAGCUUAUGGACAAGGAGAAGCACAUGAAGGUUGCUGAGCAGCAGCUGCGGGCCGAACGUGAGAGGAUGGCUCGGGAGCAACGGCUGAUUUCCCAGGCCUUGUUUGACGCCAACCUGGAGCUCAUGCACCGGUCAAAGGGAUCCUCAUAA